AUGCCUUCCAAGUGGCGAGAAUUUAUGGUCGGCACCAAAAUCGAGUGGAGCAGCGACCUGCUGAGCGUGUCGUCGGAGAGCCUGUACUUGGGAGACGUGUGCGGGAGCGGCGGCGGCGGCGACGGCGGCGGCGGAAGGGCCGACCCCUUCGACGGGAGCGGCGUGGGCGGCGUCCAGAACGGUGGCGAUGCCUUCGCCACCCGUGACGUCGACUGCAGCGAGCGGCAGGACGUGGCGCCCUCCACGCCCCUCGGCGAGUACUUGGCGGGCAACGUGACGGUAACCGCAAUGUGCAUGGACCCACGAAUCGCGCUGCCGCCGGCGUUGUACGCCUCGAUGCGCGCCGCGUCGGGCAAGUGGAGCUCCGACUUUUCGGAGGCAUCCUCGCCCUUUCGUGCGUCCAACCUCGACCUGCUGCAGCGGGCGUGCACGCGCGAGGCGGCGCUCUCGGCCUUGCGCGACUUGGACGAGGAGCAGAACGAGUCGAACUCGCACGCGGCGUCGGCGGAGUGGCUGCGCGAGAAGCUCGACGAGUGGCUGCCGCGGUUUGAGUCGCCGCGGCGACACCAGCUCGCGGGCCUGUUCGUGCUCGAGUUGCUCUCGAGCUCACCGCAGCCGCGCCAGCUAAGCAGCGGCGGGCUGGGGAUGACCGAGCCGGCGCUGGUGGCGUCGCGCGUGCUCGCGCACCGGGAGGCGAUAGCGCGGGAUUGGGCCGCCGCGGUCGCGGGAUCGGUGCCGACCGCGCUGCAGGAGCUUCUGCGGGAGGACCUCGAGGAGCAGCUCAACGCGGAGAGCGAGGAGCGGCCGCCACCGCUGCAGUAGCGGGGGGAGGGGGGGGCAAAGGGGAGGGGAAAAGGGGAGCUACAUCAGAGUCCACCUACACAAUGAUUCAUGUAUCAU